AUGGACGAUUCUUCAUUGACAAAAGAAAAAAUUAUACAAUUGAUUAAAAAUGAUGAUGCAAGUUUAACAUUUGUAAAACCCAAAACAUCAUCAUCUGCAGCUUGGUCUUCUUUCAGUUAUAUUUUUAUUAGUAAUCGAAAAAAAGAUUUUGUUUGUUGUGAUAAAUGCAAAGAUGUUCUACAUCAUAAAUCAGAAUCUGGCACAAGUAACAUGAUCAAACACAUCAAAUCAUGUCAAACAACGAGCAAAGCUAUUCCUAAUGCUUCGCUUACUAUUAAAGAAUAUCUUCGUCCUAAAACUGUUCAACCUAUUCCAAAAAUAUUCAAAGAAAAAAUUACAAAUGCAACUGCUGAAUUUGUUGCUUUAGAUAAUCGUGCAUUUGGACUUGUAUCUGGUGACGGGUUUAUCAAUUUAGCUCAAACAAUAUUCAAUGUUGGUCAAAAUUUAUCUAAAACACCAGAUGUGAAUGUUUUAGAUUUAAUACCAAAUCCAAGAACUGUGAGUGUCAGUUUUUGUGGUAUUGCUCUUUUUCAUUUAAAUGAUCAAUUAAAAUUACAUGUCUUUAUUUUGGGUUGUUUUCCUUAUGAUCGUGAUAAUCAAACAGCAAGUCAAAUUCGUCAAUUUGUUGACAGUAAAUUAAUGGAAUUCAAUUUAACCUUAGAUAACAGUAAAUUCGUAGUAUGUGACAAUGAAAACAAGAUGAAAUCAGCUUUCAAGGAUUCGUGUACUAGAAUCGGAUGCUCAAUCCAUUAUAUUAACAAGCAAUUGGAACAUUGUUUUACCACAGAUGUUAUUGAUAAAGUGCCAGUUAAAUGCGAAAUUGUUCAACAAAUGUUCGUUCAUGUACGAAAAAUCGUAACCCACACUAGAAGAACACAUAAACAAGCAAAAUUAUCUCGUAAACUUCAAUCAUAUUGUGAUACACGGUUCAAUGGUGCUUUUCUUACAAUGCAUGUAUUCUUAUUGGUGUUCGACGAAUUACCUGGUGUUUUAGAACGAGCUCUUAUGAAUGAUUAUGAGUCAAUAGAUAAAGAUUUACUUUCAUCUAUUUGUUUAUUUCUUAAACCAUUUGAAGAAGUAAUUGAGCAAUUUAGUUCUGAUACAAAACCAACAAUAUAUAAAGUUUUACCGUUUAAACAAUAUUUACUUAGUCAUUGCAAAAUUCAUCCUGAUGAUCAUGAUGGAAUCCAACAAGUUAAAAUAUUUCUAGAAAAACGUAUCCAAGACGUUUUGAUCUUACACGAUGUACAUUACAUCACCACAUUUUUACAUCCAUCAUUUAAAAAUUUCGAUAAAUGUCCUGAUCUUCGUGCAAAAGCUAUUGAUUUAACAAAAAAUGAAUUGAUGAAGCGUCAACCAUCAUCAUCUAUUAUCUGCUCAACAAACAAUAAAUCACCUGUUCGUAUAGCUCAACUUGAUCCUCAAACAUCAUCGCCAAAAACUCUUCUUUCACAAUGUUUUGAUACAUCAAAAAAUGACUUAAAAUUGUCAACAACACCUUAUGAUGAAUUAGAAGAAUAUAUGGCAUUCAAUGUUAGAUUAAGUGAAAAUGAUGAUAUUUUAUUAUUUUGGUUAAACCAUAAAAUGAAAUUUCCAACAUUAUUUAAUAUUAUUCAAGAUUUUUACGCUAUACCUGCAUCAAAUACCACUAUCGAACGUCUUUUCUCGUCAUCAAAAAAUACAAUUACAGAUAAACGUACACGUCUUGGUACAGAAAAGAUAAACAAGUUAUUAUUUUUACAAAAGAAUCUGAAUUUAUUGAAAGAAAUUGCUAAACAACCAGUUAAUGAAGCUGCUGUUACUGUAACAAAACGAAAGAUGGUUCUUCAGUCAUCCUGCACAAGCUUAUACGACAAUCAAGAAGAAUUAAUAACUAUUACAUCUACCAAGAAACUGAAGUUGAAUGAAAAAGAUGAUAUUAUUUUUUGCGAGGAUGAUGAAGAAAAUGAUGUUGAGUUUUUUUAG